CUCAGCCCCGUAUCUAAGCAUGCGUUGUUUACGGCAAUUAGGAUUGGAAUGCAAGGAUGAAAACAUAUCAAAAACAAUUUUAAAUGAUUUUUACGUUGAUGACCUAAUUACCGGAAAUGAUAACGAACAACUGCUCUCAACAAUAUGUAAAGGCGUAAACGAAGUAUGUUUGUCUGGCUGUUUUCCUCUACGUAAGUGGAUAUCAAAUUCCCCUGAAGUUAUUUCAUCUGUCAUGCAAAGUACCGAAAAUUCAAAACCGUUAUCUCUCGGGGAAGAUAACAAAAGCAAAACCUUAGGUAUAGGUUGGCUAAAUAACACUGACGAAUUUUAUUUCACGUCUGAACUGAAUUACAACUCUAAUAAUAUUACUAAACGUUCUAUUUUGUCAACAGUCUCCCAAAUUUAUGACCCACUAGGAUUAUUAUGCCCUGUAGUCAUAGUAGCAAAAAUGUUAUUACAAAAGCUUUGGUUAUGCAAGGUACAAUGGGAAGACCCUUUGCCUAGCGAUGUAGUUAAGUUAUGGGAAAAGUUCGUAAAUUCAUUGAUUUCAUUAGGUGACAUCAAAGUCCCACGACAUGUACUCGGGACGGACCCGUGCAGAGUCGAGUUGCAUAUCUUCACUGAUGCGAGUCAGUGUGCAUAUGGUGCAUGCGCUUAUAUUCGUACUAUCCGUAAAAAUCACGAAGUAGUCGUGCGAUUAUUGUGCGCAAAAAGUAAGGUCGCUCCCAUCAAACCAAUGUCAAUUCCUAGACUAGAGCUUAUGGGUUCAUUAACCGGAGCGCGGCUUCACGAUAAAAUAUUAGAAUCACUUCGAUUACAAUUUGAUAGCAUAACACUUUGGACGGACUCCACGAUAGUGUUAGGUUGGUUAAAAAUGUCACCUAGUAUACUAAAAACAUUUGUUCAAAAUAGAGUUGUAGAAAUUAAUGAUCUCACCAGUAGCUCGACGUGGUUACAUGUAAACGGCAGUCAAAACCCCGCGGAUUUAUUAUCACGCGGAAUGAGCAUAGAUGAACUCAAAGUUUCGCCUCUGUGGCAAACUGGACCUAAAUUCCUACAUGAUAAGGAAGUUACAAACUGGUCACAAAAUAAUACAGAAAAUAUUCAGGAUGAAUCACAAUUACCAGAGUUAAAGUCUAAUGUUAGUGUUAAUUUGACUUGUAAAGAUAAUUCAAAUGAUAAAUUUCCCUUUAACAGGUUUUCUAACUACAGCAGACUUAUACGUGCAUGUACUUACAUGUUUCGUUUUAUACACAAUGCUAGAUCUAAAGAUAAAUCGCAACGCAUUAUCGGGCCGUUAACUACAGCAGAAAUAAAUAAAUCUGUCGUGGUUUUAACAAAAAUUGCCCAGGAGUACAGCUUCCCUUCCGAAUAUGACGCAUUAAUUCAUAAAUUACCUAUAAAGUCCAAUCGGAGUAUUGCAGGGUUAAAUGUUUUUCUCGACAAAAAUAAUAUUAUUAGAGUUGGGGGGAGAUUAGAAUAUUCAAAUGAAUUUUCAUAUGAUAAGAAACAUCCAGUACUGUUAUGCAGUAAGCACUAUUUUACUUUGCUAAUUUUUAGAUACGAACAUAAUAAAUUGCUACAUGCUGGACCCCAACUGUUACUUUCACACGUAAGAGAAAGCUGGUGGGCUUUAGGUGGUAGAAACUUAGCUAAAAAUAUAGUACGUAAAUGUGUGAAAUGUUCCCGUAUGCAAGGACAACUCAUACAACCAAUCAUGGGUAAUUUACCCACUGAACGUUUACAGCCAGGAUUUCCAUUUCUUAGAAGUGGUGUGGACUAUUGUGGACCAAUGUACAUACUAAACAAAAAAGGCAGGGGAGCAAAGCUAGAAAAAUGUUACGUCUGUUUAUUUGUUUGUUUAGCAACUCGAGCUGUGCACUUGGAACUUGUCACUAGUCUGUCAUCCGAAUGUUAUAUAAUGGCUUUGAAACGGUUUAUAUCAAAGAGAGGAAAAUGUCUCCAAAUCACUUCCGAUAAUGGAAAAUGUUUUGUCGGAAGUGCAAAAGAAUUUCAAAAGUUUGUAACUGACAACUCCCAGUCUAUUAUUGAUUACGCAUCAGAUAACAAUAUUGAAUUUAAAUUCAUACCUGCUCGCGCCCCAAAUUUCGGCGGUUUAUGGGAGGGGGGGGUUAAAUCCUGUAAACAUCAUCUUAAACGUGUAGUAGGUAACGCUAACUUACAUUACGAGGAAUUCAUUACGGUAUUGGCACAGAUCGAAGCCGUCCUGAAUUCCCGUCCCAUGCAUCCUUUGUCAACAGAUCCUAAUGAUUUCUCCCCUCUCACCCCGGCGCAUUUCCUAAUUGGCCGACCACUGACUGCACCAGCUGAUGAUGACCUGACGACAAGGCCUACUCCAUCAUUGAGCCGGUUUAAGAGGAUUGAACAAAUGAGACAACAUUUUUGGCAGCGUUGGUCAAAGGAAUACAUUUCAGAAUUACAAUGCCGAACCAAAUGGCAGGAGCAUAAAGGAGAACUGAUACCUAACACUUUAGUUCUAAUCAAAGAAGAUAAUCUCCCACCGCUACAAUGGCGAAUGGGUCGCAUUUUAUCUGUAUUUCCAGGCAAAGACGGCAUCUCCAGGGUGGCUGACAUACGCACUAAAACUGGAAUCACACGACGGGCUGUCUCGAAGAUAUGUCCACUGCCGGUGGAGCCAUCCAGCCCUGAGACGAAGGGCACCACAGAUGACUGAUGAUGAUGCGGCUCCUUGAAAGCUAUCGGGCAGCUUUCAAGGCGGGCGGCAUGUUAAUGCGCCAUCUAUGUGUCAAGCUGCGAACCAUGUGGAACGAGGCCUGACGACCACUCAACACAAUCACACAACUGGAUCGAUCGAGUACUACGAAGUUCCUGAAGAAAACGCUAGAUGGCAGCACUAGAAGAUUUAUACUUAUGAAGCGUCUAUAAAAUCCCGUGCGCAUCGAGGCGCGCUCUCUUUACCACGAUAUAUUUCAACCCUCAUAUACCUACCUGCUUGUGUAUAUUAAGUUUAUAUUUAUACUUAAAUAAAUAAUUUUAAAUCAAGUAA